AGGUAACUUAUUCGAAUAGUGAACACGCGUUUGACAGUGUCAUCAUCAUGUUGAAGUCAUUCAAGCCCACGCAUCCCGCCAAAUACCAAUUUCAUUGGCAAGUGAAAGACGACCCCUCGUACAACAACUAUUACCACAACGAAGCUCGAGACGGCGAAGACACUCGAGGCGAAUACGGGGUUCUUUUGCCCGACGGACGAUUCCAAACCGUGAAAUACGUCGUGGACAAAUGGGGCUACAAAGCCGAUGUUCAGUAUCAAGGAGAAGCGAAAUAUGACCAACCCAAGAAAAAUAGUGGCUACGGACAGCAACAGAAUUCCUACAGCCAACAACAACAAGGUGGGUAUGGACAACAGCAGCAACAACAGGGUUAUGCUCAACCUCAACAAGGAGGUUAUGGACAGCAGCAGCAAAAUAAUUACGGCCAACAGCAAACCAGAUAUGGACAACAACAGCAAACCGGAUAUGGACAACAACAGCAAACAGGAUACGAACAGCAGGCAAAGCCGACUUAUCCCCAACAGCAGCAAAGCAACUAUGGACAACGAACCUACAAAUGAGACUCACGUACAGUACAGUAAAACAAAGAUCACACUGCUGUAUAAUCAAUGGAUGAGAAUUUUUUUGUAAACCGUUAGGCAAUGCAUCACCUGUGAGUUAUGUUAGUCAUCUGGCUCUAGAAUCAUUUGUCCGAGUCGUAUUGUUGGCGUGAAGAAAAAACAUAUUUUUGGGAGGGCAACGAAAAACUAUGAAGAGAAUUUGGUGCUUUGUUGGAAUAGAAUGUAGACGUCUUUGAAGAGGUUUUGAGAAGCAGCUGCUGUAGAUAUUGUCGGGAUCAGUUUUCAUUGUUGUUGUUCAAUGUGCUUUGAUGAGUAUUUUUGCACGUUUGCAGAGUCAUACAUGUGUCUGGGAAA